AUGGAAAGAACAGAAGAGAGGGAGGAAAAUGCUGCAGAACCGGAACCCAAAAACUCGAACGAGUCAACUCGUCCCGAAGAUGACAACGAAGAAGAAGAAGAACCCGACGCGGUGGCGGUGGUUGAAGAGAUCCAACAAGUCAUCGAAUCGGUUGUUCAAUUCGGCGAAUAUCGAAAAAUGCAAAGGAAGGAAUCUCAAAUUCUCGCUCGUCGUUUCAAACACAUGUUGCCGCUUAUGGAAGACCUUCGUGAGCUUCAUCAACCUGUUCCUCAAAACGGCCUCGUUUGGUUGAAGAACCUUAGGGAUGCGCUUUUGUUCGCUAAGGACUUGUUGAAAUUGUGCAACCAAGGAAGCAAAAUUCACCUCGCAUUGGAGGGUGAGUCUGUUAUGAUCAAAUUUCAAAAGGUUUAUAAAAAAUUAAGCCGAGCUUUUAAAGGUGUGCCUUUUGAAGAAUUAGGAAUCUCCGAUGAAGUGAAAGAACAGCUUGAGCUAAUGCACGUGCAACUCACGAGGGCAAGGAGAAGGACUGAUACACAGGACAUAGAGUUAGCAAUGGAUAUGAUGGUUGUGUUCUCCGACGACGAUGAUCGUAAUGCGGAUAGCGCUAUUGUCGAAAGGCUUGCAAAAAAGUUGGAACUUCACAGUGUUGAGGAUCUUGAGGUAGAAACAGUGGCUGUUGGAUUACUUGCUAGAGAAAGAAAGGGACAACAAGAAGAGAGCACACAGAAAAUAAUUGGCCUUCUUAACAAAUUCAAAAGGAUUGCAGGUAUGGAAGAAACCGCUGUUGUUCUUGAUGAUGAUCCUGCCAUGCCUAAUAAGAUGCUUUUAAGAAGCACUUCUUUGAUCAUCCCUCAUGAGUUUCUAUGCCCAAUAACACUUGAAAUCAUGACAGAUCCUGUUAUUGUUGCAAGUGGACAGACAUAUGAAAGGGAAAGUAUAGAGAAGUGGUUCAAAUCCAAUCACAACACUUGCCCAAAGACAAGGCAACCACUGGAACAUCUUCAAUUAGCACCAAACUGUGCCUUAAAAAACUUAAUUUCUGAAUGGUGUCAGAACCACAACUUCACACUUCCAAAAAUCUCCACUACUUCCUGUCAAGAAACAUCUUCGACUGAAAACCAAGAAGCAAUUCCAUCUUUGGUUGAAAGCCUAGGGUCAAUCAACUUAGAACAUCAAAGAAAGGCGGUCGAGAGAAUACGCAUGUUAUCAAAAGAAAAUUCAGAGAACAGAAUUUUAGUUGCCAAGCAUGGAGGAAUACCGCCAUUAGUACAAUUACUAUCCUAUCCAGACUCAAAAAUAAAGGAACAUGCUGUCACGGCACUUUUGAAUCUAUCAAUUGACGAAGGUAACAAAAAACUCAUAUCCAAAGAAGGUGCUAUUCCAGCUAUAAUAGAAGUUUUGGAAAACGGAAGUAUCGUAGCUAAAGAAAACUCAGCAGCAGCUUUGUUUAGCUUAUCAAUGAUUGAUGAAAAUAAAGAGGUUGUUGGAAUGUCAAAUGGGAUUCAACCUUUGGUAAAUUUAUUACAAAAUGGAACAGUUAGAGGAAAAAAAGAUGCAGCUACAGCACUUUUUAGCUUAUCAUUAAACCAUGCAAAUAAAGAUAGAGCUAUAAGAGCUGGCAUUGUGACACCUUUACUUGCAUUGUUAAAGGACAAAAACUUGGGAAUGGUUGAUGAAGCACUAUCUAUUUUAUUACUACUUGUGUUGAAUGCUGAAGGGAGACAAGAGAUUGGACAGUUACCUUUUAUUGAAACCCUUGUUGAGUUUACAAGACAAGGAACUCCUAAGAAUAAGGAAUGUGCAGCAUCUGUUCUUCUCGAGUUGUGUUCGAGUAAUUCUUCUUUUACAUUGGCAGCACUUCAGUUUGGAGUUUAUGAACAUUUAAUUGAGAUUAAAGAAAGUGGUACAAGUAGAGCACAGAGGAAAGCAAAUGCAAUUUUAGAACUCAUAAGCAAGAGUGAACAAAUUUAA